GGCAGUGGCAAUUGGAAGAAGAAGGGAAGAUAAUGUCACACAUCAUUUUCUUUCAAACCCACAAAAUCCCAAUUCCUUCUUAGAAAUUAAAAACAUUUCCAUCAUCCAAAAUUUUUUCACAUAUUAUUCCCCUCCAAAAAGGAAAAAAAAAAAAAAAAUAGAAACUUUGGUGUUGCUUCAAUUAGAGACAUCAUUAAUGCCUAAACCCUCACUAUCCAUAAGCUAAUCCUUUCAAUUACUCUCUUGCAUAUACCCUACAAACCCUACUCCUCAACCCCUCUCUCUUUUUCUCUGUUUAUCUUCAGGGUAUUUGAUGAAGAUGGCAUUAUCAUUAUCCUCUGCCGCCGGGAAGCAAGUCCAACCACUGGUGGGGAAUUUUCAGGGGAAUUUCAACAUGGAACAGUUUUUCCGGCGAAAGGAGAAAGUUGUUGUUGUAAUGGGGGCCACCGGAACGGGUAAAUCCCGGUUAGCAAUCGAUUUAGCUACUCGAUUUCCGGCAGAAAUUGUCAACUCCGAUAAGAUUCAAGUUUACAAAGGGCUUGAUGUUGUAACAAAUAAAGUCACCGACGAAGAACGCCGUGGAAUUUCACACCAUUUGUUAGAUUCAAUUGAUCCAAAUUCAAAUUUCUCUUCUCAUGAUUUUACUCGUCAUGCCUCUGUUGCAAUUGAAUCAAUUUUGGCUAGAGAUCGCCUCCCAAUUAUCGCCGGUGGCUCUAAUUCCUACAUUGAAGCUCUGGUUGAUGAUUAUGCAGAGUCCCGAUUCCGAUAUGAAUUCUGUUUUUUGUGGGUUGAUGUUUCUUUACCGAUUCUUCAGAAAUUUGUCUCCGAUCGUGUUGAUCGGAUGGUCGACGGUGGGUUUGUCGGAGAAGUGAGGCAAAUUUUUGAUCCGGAAGGGGAUUAUUCUUAUGGGAUUAAACGAGCCAUUGGAGUGCCGGAAUUACACGAUUAUUUGAGGGCAGAACACGACGGCGCCGAUGAGAGGAUUUUAACGAUUCUUUUAGAAUUGGCGAUUUCGAAGAUUAAAGAUAAUACUUGUCGAUUGGCACUCCGGCAACUGGAGAAGAUUCGCCGCCUUCGGAAUAAAUGGAAUUGGAAUCUCCGGCGACUUGAUGCCACGGGAGCGUUUUUGACCGACGGUGGAAACUCCGAUGACGCAUGGCAAAAACUUGUCCUCGAACCAAGCUCGAGGAUUGUCGACCAAUUUCUCUGCGACGGUAACCGCCGUAUCACCACCGCUAUUGCCAGCCCGGAGCCGGUCCCCCGCGCCGUCGCCGCCGUAAGUCGUUAAAGUAAUCCCAAACUUUUUCGACCCCACAGAAUCUACGCUCCUCCCCAACAACGCGUUGACACCAUUCCCGCGUGCCACGUGGCAAGCUUAUAAUUUUACCUUUUUUUUAAAAAAAAAAGAAUUUUAUCUUCUUUUUUUUUUUUGGUUUCGGUAAUUUUAAAUUAAAACAGGAAAAGGAAAAAAAAAGGAAGAAAAUUACAACUUGGGACUGACAAAGUUUUCUGUCAGGUCGUUAAGUACUUACAAUUGGCGGCCGUACAGAUAAGCCGUCUAUAUUUAAAAAGAAAAAAGAAAAAGAAAAACAUCUCUGCCGGCUCUGAAAAGUUCAAAAAUAAUUUGUUUUCUUUAAAAGAAAAAAGAAGAAAAAGAAAUUGGAGAAUCGUGUGUGGUGCAGCUACAUCAGCUUCAAUGCACCUCUCUGUUUGGCCCUCUAUGAUUGGGUGAUUUUGAGAAGUAGGACCCACUCACCCUCACCCCCCGUGUGUAUUAAAACCCUCUUCCUAUGGAGUUUUUGGUCUUUUCGCUCCUUUUUGUGUAUCUGUGGAAACUAAUGAGCUGUAUUUUUGUUAAUAUAUCCAUCUAUCUGAUUUUGAAAUAUUUUUGACUA